CGCCAUCCGCACUACGGCACCAGCCACCAGGCUACCAUUCUUCCCUCCCCUCUCCUCUCCGCCUCCCUCCCUCCCACGCCCGCGGCCGCACCGAUCGCACAGUAGCUGUGUGCGGUCGGGGUGGUCUCGGUGCCGAUGGCGAGGAAGCAGCAUAUCGCCAUAUUCACCACGGCGAGCCUGCCAUGGAUGACCGGGACUGCCGUCAACCCGCUCUUCCGGGCGGCUUACCUCGCGAAGGCCGGGGACUGGGAGGUCACACUGGUGGUUCCAUGGCUUUCGAAGGGGGACCAGGUGCUGGUUUAUCCUAACAAGAUGAAAUUCAAUGUGCCUGGGGAGCAAGAAGGCUAUGUGCGACGGUGGCUUGAGGAGAGAAUUGGGCUGCUGCCAAAGUUCGACAUAAAAUUCUAUCCUGGAAAGUUCUCAAAGGAGAAAAGAAGCAUUCUACCUGUUGGGGACAUUACCCAGACUGUAUCUGAUGAUAAAGCAGACAUUGCAGUUCUUGAAGAGCCAGAGCAUCUUACAUGGUACCAUCAUGGACAAAGGUGGAAAAGCAAAUUCCGAAAAGUUGUAGGCGUUGUUCAUACCAAUUAUUUGGAAUAUGUCAAGAGAGAGAAAAAUGGAUAUAUCCAUGCAUUUCUCUUAAAACAUAUCAAUUCCUGGGUCACUGACAUCUACUGCCAUAAGGUUAUAAGAUUAUCGGCGGCAACUCAGGAAGUCCCAAGGUCUGUGGUUUGUAACGUCCAUGGAGUAAAUCCAAAAUUUACUGAAAUCGGUGAACUGAAGCAUCAGCAAAUAUCUAAAGGAGAACAGGCAUUCUUCAAGGGUGCAUAUUAUAUUGGAAAGAUGGUCUGGAGUAAAGGUUACACAGAGCUGCUCCAGCUGCUUCAGAACCACCAGAAGGAAUUAUCCGGUCUUAAGAUGGAGUUGUAUGGCAGUGGAGAAGAUGCUGAUGAGGUUAAAGCAUCAGCCGAGAAACUAAAUCUGGAUGUUAGAGUCUAUCCUGGUCGCGACCAUGGAGAUUCCAUAUUUCACGACUACAAGGUUUUCAUUAACCCAAGCACCACAGAUGUCGUAUGCACAACAACUGGAGAAGCUUUGGCCAUGGGGAAAAUUGUGAUAUGUGCAAACCAUCCUUCGAAUGAAUUCUUCAAAAGAUUUCCUAACUGCCACAUGUACAAUACUGAGAAAGAGUUUGUGAGAUUAACUAUGAAAGCAUUGGCUGAAGAGCCGAUCCCACUGUCAGAAGAAUUGAGACACGAGCUUUCCUGGGAGGCAGCGACAGAGAGAUUUGUCAGGGUUGCUGAUAUUGCACCAAUCAUGUCUGUCAAGCAACAUUCUCCCUCUUCACAGUAUUUCAUGCAUAUAUCUCCAGAUGAACUGAAGAAGAAUAUGGAGGAGGCAUCAGCAUUUUUUCAUAAUGCAAUUUCUGGUAUUGAAACGGCGCGUUGUGUUUUUGGUGCAAUACCGAAUACUUUGCAGCCCGAUGAACAGCAACGAAAAGAACUUGGCUGGAGACUACAGGAAUGACGGUCAUUUCUUCCCAAGCUGUUGUCCAUGACAAUAGAAUCCCAGCUAACUACAGCACGGUUGGUGACUGGGAGAACUAACUACAUGACGCAAAUGUCUUCUGCUCGAAAAUUACCACAGACUGAACAUAGAGGGGACGCUUCUUGUUUUCUGCUAUGGUGGUACACCGGUGUCGCAAUUUCCUAAACAACUGUGGAGUGUCCGCCAGACAUCAGUUACUGUAAUGCAUCAUAUCUGGGAAUUGUAAAUCUGCAGCAGUUGAAUGGAUUACCAGUGGUGUGGCUUUUCUCGUGUAGCCUGUGUAAUGUAAAGCUUACUGUUGCUUCCCGAGUUUGGCAUAUGUGGUAACAUUGCAAAGAUAUCUUGGCUGGUGUUUCACAACCA